AUGUCUACCGAGGAUAAUUCAACGGUGUUUGUGAGCGAUGCGGUGAACGCGGUGGUCGCCGCCGACGUGGCGGACGACAUGAUCACAGCUGAUAUUUCGAGGGUACUCAUUCUCUACACAGGAGGAACCAUCGGCAUGAAGAACACUCCAGAGCACGGCUAUCUUCCUGUCCCCGGUUAUCUUUCCCAGACUUUGGCAUCAAUGACGCGGUUUCAUGAUCCCACUGGUUUUGCCGAGCAUGCGCAAGAAACGGGCAUUGCGGAUAGGGAAGCCAACAAGUUUCCGCUAACGAAUGCGGUCAAUAUACCACUUAGGCUUGCUGACAACGGCAGACAUGCGAAGGUAAACAAUGCGCGUGGAGCCCCCCAUACGGUGAUAAAUGGCACCCCCGUUGUGCGGGUCAGGAAGCCUGCCUUGAUCACCCCGCCAUCAUUGUAUGGAAAAAGAAUUCGAUACUCGAUUUUAGAAUAUGAUCCACUAUUGGACUCGUCAAAUAUGACUAUGACAGACUGGGUUAAAAUCGCGACCGACAUCGAAGUGAACUAUAUGCUUUUUGAUGCAUUCAUUGUUUUGCAUGGUACGGACACAAUGAGCUUUUCUGCAAGUGCUCUAAGUUUUAUGCUGGAAGAGCUCGGAAAGACGGUUAUAUUGAGCGGUUCUCAGGUCCCAUUGGCGGAAGUUCGAAACGAUGCUGUCGACAAUUUAUUAGGCGCUUUGACAAUAGCCGGUCACUUCGUUAUCCCCGAAGUCGGACUCUUCUUUAAUAAUAAAUUGUACAGAGGAAAUCGCUCAAUGAAAGUUGAUGCAGUUGAUUUCAAUGCAUUCGAUUCGCCCAAUCUGCGUCCACUCGUCUCUGUUGGUAUCAAUAUAGAUGUUUCUUGGCCGGAUGUUCUUCGACCCACUGCAAUUGCCAAAUUCCGCGCUCAUAAGAUUAUGGACUCCUCCGUGGCAACACUUCGCCUGUUCCCAGGAAUAACGGAAGCGACGGUGCGGGCAUUUUUGUCUCCUCCAAUUAAAGGCGUUGUGAUAGAAACGUAUGGCUCCGGAAACGCGCCAAAUAAUCGCCCUGACAUUCUUGCGGCUCUCAAGGAAGCGAGCGAUAGAGGAGUUGUAAUUGUCAAUUGUACCCAGUGCAAACGCGGACUCGUGACCGACUUGUAUGCCACGGGGAAAGCAUUGCUGAAGGUUGGGGUUGUCCCUGGUGCUGACAUGACCCCUGAGUGCGCACUAACGAAAUUGAGUUACCUACUGGGCAAAAAGCAUGCUCCCGCUGAGUGCCGGAAUUUGGUCCGCCGAAGCCUUCGCGGGGAACUCACAACGCCGUCGCGGCGUCAAAGGUUUACAUACCAGCAAGGAAUGCAAGGGCUUAUUUCCUCUGUGAUGUCCCUUUUUGGAAGAGUACCAGCUGCUACCCCUCUUACUGGUGAUAUUCCAAAAGAUCAUGUAGCAGAAGAAAACCUGGGUGGUAUGGAAAGGGCCUUGAUUCCCAUGCUGAUGUGUCAGGCAGCGCGAAUGGGCGAUAUCGAAGGUCUGCAGGUGAUUACUGCCGAUUACAGACCCUUAAUCAACAUAGGAGACUAUGACGGACGAACUCCCCUACACAUCGCGUCAAGUGAAAACCAAACGGCUACAGUGGAAUUUCUCUUGCUGCAGGGUGCCAAUGUUCACUUGCGCGACCGCUUUGGACAUUCACCAUUGUGGGAUGCCAUUCGAUGCCGAAGUGAAGGAAAUAUUGCACUUCUCCGACAAGCUGGUGCUCAUUUUUCCGAAGAGGAAUUAGACGAAGCAGCUAUCAGGCUUUGGAGUGCUGUCAGCAACAACGACUUCAAGCUGUUUAAGUUACUGACGGAAUCGGGGGCGGAUUUGAAUAAGCCUGUCUACGAUGGAAAAACGCCGCUACAUUUGGCGGCCAAAGAGCACAAGACUGAGUUUGUCCAGUUUAUUGUCGACUAUGCCAUUCAAGUUGCGAACGAGCAGAAACGAACACAAACCCCAACACCUUCUUCAAUAGAUAGUCCUCCUCCGUCUCCUCGCACACCCACUAUGUGGCAUCGACCUUCCUCCCCAUUUCCCCUAGCAUUUCGAUCUACAGUUUCGGAAGCUGGUUCAACUUCUUCCCUAACCACGCCAUCCUGGAUUGAGGUUCAAUUGGAGCCAACAGAUUCUUCGGGUCGUACCCCACUUGAGGAAGCUAGAGACUUGGGGGAUAGUGGUGUCGAGGUCGUCAACCUGCUCGAGGCAGGUCUCUGGAAAUUACGCGCGAUCAAAGAGUAG